UGUAUAUUUUCUAUUGUCAUGUGAUCAAUGUGGAAUUUUGGCAUCGCUCUUGGAAACUGAAAAUAAAAGGCUUAUAACGAAUUAUUAUUAACGAAAAUAACGCUUAUAACGAAUUAUUAUUAAUUGUUUAACGAAAUUCAGUACUAUUAACAAGUUUUAUGGGUACUUUUUCAAACCCCAUUUGGUUUCACUAUUCUUUAAGUAUUAUAAAAAAAGCUGCUGUUAAUAUUUUUAAACGCUAAUAAUGAAUUUAAAAAAAAAAAAAAAAAAAAAAAAAAAAAACACGCGUGCUGAAGUUUAGCAUUAUAGUGGCAAUAGCAGCUGUAUCGUUUGGUUUUGUUUCAAAACAAAAGAAUAUUUGAAUGAAAAUGGCUGAGCUAUUAUACCUGUUUUAUUUAUAAUGUUUUUUGUAACUGUCGUAUACUUAUUAAGUUUCUAAAUAUAUACAUUUAAAUUCAAAACUGAAUAAAAUAUUUGAAUUUUCAAGUUUAUUCAGAACUACUAUUCGGAUAAUAGGCGAUAAAGCCAAAGGAUGAAAGCUAGAAGAUUAGGAAACUGAAAACAAAUGACGCCACUUUUCGAGAAGACAUUAGCCAUUAUCCAAUCCAAUCUGAUCUCUCGAACGCCAGAAAUCGAAGCCAUUAUAAAAGCCAGAGGCCUUACGGUCUUGCAGAAGAAAAGAUUCUUGCUCCGAAAAGAUCAGGCGGUUCGUUUUUUCUCCCAAGGCCAACGUCGGGCUCUCCAGAAAGCCAAUUUCCGCGAUGAUGAUGUGGAACGCGAUUUAAAAGCCUUCAUCGACUCGAUGACCAGUGGUCCGAUCGACGUAUUGAUCAUUGCAGGGUUCGACGCCGUGUCCAGAUGGCUGGAGCUUAUUGGUCAGACUGACCCUUUUGGAGAGCAGACCAAUUGUAUUAGCGUUUUGUUCGGCGGUGGAACGUACGGCAGUCCUGAUGUCCUAGCUGCCAGCAGAGAAAUUCGAUUUUUUUAUCCGGAGACCAUAUUCGAAGCUGAUUUUGGCCUCGGUACUGCCAGAGAGUACCUGUCGGAUACGGUGAAUCCUCUGCUCUUAAAAGGGCUUAUUAUGCUGUCUAAAGAAAAGCCGCAAAUCCCUGUGUUGUGGCUUGCUCAGUGGUUGUUAGAUAACAGACCACAUGAGCAUUAAAGCUUUUUACUUUUUUUUAUUGAUACAUUUUUCUUGUUUUAUUUCUGUGUCAGAUUUAAUUGGAAGCAUGUUAUGGACUCUUGUAUGUGAA